CGAACUACAACUCCCGUCAGACAGUGGGGCACAGCCUCGCCGGCCCCCCCGUCGGAGGAAGUGACCUUUUUGCGUAGCAACAGCCUCUGUUGCUAACGGAGUAUGAGCGGUUGCGGGGAGAGAGGAGCACGCAGGGCCGUGAGUGCACAAUAAACCAUGUCUGCUCCAGCUGAUGAAACUGCAGGAGACCUGCCUGUGAGAGAUGUAGGUCUAAAUCUAGCUGGAAUUGGAGGAUUACAAGAAUCAUCUGCUGCCCAGAAUGUGAAGGCUCGGCAAGCUGUCUCACGGAUUAGUCGUGAGGAGCUAGAAGACCGUUUCCUGCGUUUGCAUGAUGAAAACAUCUUACUUAAGCAACAUGCACAUAAGCAAGAAGAUAAAAUUAAAAGAAUGGCCACCAAGUUAAUUCGGCUUGUUAAUGACAAGAAAAGAUCUGAGCAGAUUGGUGGUGGCCCCAAGCGGUUGGGCCAGGAUGUGGAACUUGAAGAAAUGAUUGAGCAGCUGCAAGAGAAAGUUCGUGAGCUCGAGAAACAAAAUGAAGGCAUCCGCAAGAGACUCAUUUCAACCAAACAGCAGCUCCAAGUUCAAGGCCAUCGGCACACUCCAUACAGCUAUGUUCAAUCUCGCAUUAACACUGGUCUCAGAAAAGUGAACGAGGCUGUCGCCAUCCAAGAUCGUACAAGGAAAGGAAUGAGAUUUCAGGAUGUAGAACUGAGAUCCCCCCAACCCGUGCUCCCAAGAUACGGACAUAGUUUGCUUGAAGAAGCAAGGGCUGAGAUAAGAAAUUUGGAAAACGUGAUUGAGUCACAAAAGGGACAGAUUGAAGAAUUGGAGCACACUGGAGAGGUACUAAGGAGUCAGAUAAGGAAGAAGGAAAAAGAGUUUGAAGAAUCUGUUCUGCAACUGAAAGAGCAACAAGCAACAGGGCAAAGGUUAAACAUUCGGGACAAUGUGGAAAUGAUAAAGCUCCACAAACAACUGAUGGAGAAAAGCAAUGCUCUCGCAGCAAUGGAAGGGAAAUUUCUUCAGCUUCAAGAGAGUCAAAGGAACCUUAAGGCCAGCCAUGAUGCUUUAAUGGCAAACGGGAAUGAACUCAAUCUGCAGCUUAAAGAACAGCGUUUGAAGUGCCUCCAUCUUGAGAGAGAAUUACAGUCGAUGACUUUUUCAAAACAAAGGAUAGAAGAGUUGCAGGAUAGAAUUAAUGACCUAGAAAAGGAGAGGGAUCUUUUAAAGGAAAAUUAUGAUAAACUAUAUAACAGUGUCUUCAGUGUGAGCCAUGAACAGCAAUGGAAGUUAAAGGAACAGCAACUGAAAUUACAAAUUGCUCAACUUGAGACUGCCUUAAAGUCUGACUUAGCAGACAAAAGUGAAAUCCUUGACAGAAUGAAACUAGAAAGAGACCAAAAUGAGAAGCUGACCCAAGAGAACAAAGAACUGCAAUUGCAUUAUCUGGAACACAAGCAACAGCUAGAUGAACUGAAAAAUCGCAUGAAGUUUUUCACCAAGGAGAGUGAUACUGAAAUGGUGGAACUCAGUGAAGCCCUCAUGCUUAUAAAGGUUCGCAAACAGCAGAAGAAUGGGGACCUUACCUUUUUAGAGAAAAUAGAAGAUGACAUCCAUAAAGACAUGGAAUACGCCAUGCGGGAUCUUCAAGCAACACAUGCAGAAACAGUGCAAGAACUUGAAAAGACACGGAAUAUGUUAAUUGUGCAGCAUAAAAUUAACAAAGAUUAUCAGACUGAAGUUGAAGCAGUGACGCAGAAGAUGGAGGGUUUACAGAAAGAUUAUGAGUUAAAACUUGAACAGUAUGUCCAUCUCCUUGAUAUUAGGGCUGCACGCAUCCGAAAAUUAGAAGCUCAACUAAAGGAUAUUGCCUAUGGUACCAAACAGUACAAAUUCAGACCAGAAAUCCUGCCAGAGGAUCCAGUAGAUGAAUUUGAUGAAACUGUCCACUUAGAAAGAGGAGAAAACCUGUUUGAAAUUCACAUCAGCAAAGUGAUAUUUUCUACAGAAGCUGUGCAUGCUUUUGGUGACCAGGAACCUGUAACUUUCUGCACCUAUGCAUUCUAUGACUUUGAACUACAGACAACCCCAGUAGUUCGUGGUCUUAAUCCAUCCUAUAACUUCACUUCACAGUAUCUUGUGCGCGUUGAUGACUUCUUUUUGCAAUACAUACAGAAAAGCACUAUCACUCUUGAAGUUCAUCGUGCCUUAGGCACAGAUUAUGAAACAGCUGCAGCAUGUCAGCUGAGAUGCCAUGAAAUCUUGGAAAAUAAUGGCAGGAUCUAUAGUACAGCAAUUUUAGUUGGAACUGGAGGACAUAUCCCAAACUAUGGCACAGUGGAUUACUGGGUCAGGUUAAGAGUUCCUAUGGAUCAGGCUAUCAGACUCUACAAAGAGAGGUCAAAAGCUCUGGGAUACAUAACAUCCAAUUUAAAGGAACAUGAAAAAGCCCCACAGUUAAAGCAACCGAUACACAGAACUGCCCAAGUCAGCACUUCAGCAGAUGGCGACUUAAAUGAACUUCAUAUUACAAUAAAAUGUUGUAAUAAUCUCAAGUCCCGAAAAAACCACCUUCAGCCAAAUCCUUAUGUUGUCUACAAGUUCUUUGAUUUUGCAGACCAUGAUACUCCCAUUAUUCAUAGCAGCAACAGCCCUCAAUUUGACGAUCAUAUGUGUUUUCCAGUGCCAAUGAAUACAGAUUUAGACCAAUAUUUAAAAUCGGAAUCUUUGACUUUUUAUGUGUUUGAUGAUGGUGAAAAAGAAGAAGGUGUUUAUGUAGGGAAAGCCAUUGUUCCUCUUAUCUCUUUAGCACAUGACAGAUACAUCUCAGGUACAUUUGAACUAACAGAUUCUGAAGGACAUUCUUCUGGCACCAUCAACGUUGAACUAAAAUGGAGGUUUGCCUAUCUACCUCCAAGUGGAUCAGCAGUGGCAGCAGACCUAGCGAGUUACAUCCAAAAUGAAAAAUCCAUGGCAACUAAAUUACCAGUGAAGGAGGAAGUGCCGACUCUAACCCUGACCCCUUCUUUUACUUCAUCAAUGACAGCACCAAAGCCCAAACCAAGACAGCGUACUGCUCUAGCAGACAAGAAAGUGUCUUUUAUGGAUGUCAGCAUACUACAGAUUCCAAGCCCUAUUGCUGAUGAAGACAAUGAAGAAAUUUCACAGAAAAUUAAGGCUGAUACACCCACUGUUUCAAAUGUUCCAGAGGUUAUACAGGAAAGAGUGACCGAUGAUAAAGUAAAGGAAACUUCUGGAGAAAUUCAGCAGGAAAAAGAUGACCUCUCUCAGCUAUCUGAGGGUCAAUUGGCUGACCAGAGCUCAGCUACUUCUGGAGAUGAAACAGAAAUAACUGAGGAAUUGGAACCAGAAGAUCAAGAUAAUAGACAGGCAACUGAUGCCAUGGAAUCAAUAAUAACUGACAGUGAUGACUGUAUUGUUCCUAGCCCAGUGUCCAAGAAUAUUAAACAGUCAAUAGAAAAAAUUCGGAUUGAGAUUAUAUCCCUAAGUCUCACGGAUUCCCGAGUUGCAAUGGAUGACACAAUACAGCGACUGUUUGUAGAAUGCAGAUUCUACAGUUUCCUUGCAGAAGAGACACCAGUGUCACUUCCUAAACCAAAAAGUGGACAGUGGGUUCACUACAAUUAUAGCAAUGUGAUUCACGUGGAUAAGGUGAAUAACCAUGCAAGGAGAGAAUUCCUAAAGUCUGUACUUCAAGAAUCAGAGUUGAAUACUGGCAGCAUACGAUUUACCGUGGUUAGUGACCCUCCAGAAGAUGAACAAGAUCUUGAGUGUGAAGACAUUGGCUUUGCUUACGUCAGUCUAACGGAGAUAUUUCAGAAAGAAAAAGACAUAAUUGAGCAAGAUAUUGAUGUUUUCGAUUCACAAGAUGAUAGUGCAGUAAUUGGAAAGCUCAAAGUAACAGUGGAGGCCCUCCAUGCUCUGCGCUCAGUCUAUGAGGAACACAAAGAUGACUAGGAGGCAUGAAAGAAAAGUGUGCCUACAGAUGCUGCUUCUCCCAGUGUAAAUACAUUCUUGAUAGCUCUUCGAAGAUGAGAUUUUUGUAAUUACUACAGUAUAUUUAAUGUAUAAUUUAUAUGAAAAGGAUGCUUGAUUUAUAGUUGUAAAGUUUUGUAUACUUUUCAGUCUGUUUGUUUUUAUAUUUCCCCCUAAGGCUAAGACUCCCUCCACAAUGGACAACGUCUUGUAAAUAAUUAAUACCUACAUGAUUGAAUGAUGUGCUUUAUUUGCAUUUUCAACAUUUUUUCUUACAUAAAACAGUAAUAAAAAUGCAAGUUGAAUUUUUAA